AUGGAGACCCCACUGCCCCGCGGGUGGAAACCCCUCCACCUCGACCGCUACGAUGGCACAACAGACCCCGACGAACACAUCGACUCGUAUACAACCCAGUACGCCACCAGCCGACCUCACCAUACAACCUCGGCCGCCUUGGCCAACUUAAGGCAGAAUGACGACGAACCUCUGCGAGCUUUCAUGGAACGCUUCUCCAGCAUCUUGGUGAGAAUCCGGAACUUGAACCCCGAGGUCGCCCUGCACGCCAUGCUCAUGGGACUCAAACCCGGGUCAUUCGUUCGCGGAAAAGGCCCCAUGAAACCGGAACAGGGCCACAAAGAUAAAAUAAAAGUCAAUAAUGACAACCAAUUCAAGAAGCCGGCCAGAGCAAACAGAGGCGGGAGGUACGACUUCUACACUCCCCCGAACGCCCCAAGAGUCCACAUCCUGGAGAAAGCCAGCAACAGCAACCUACUAGCCCUUCCGCCGCCCGGCCACACUCCCAACAGCACCGACAAGUCCAAGCACUGUCGGUACCACAGGAACCAUGGCCACACCACAAAGGAGUGUCGCACGCUCCGGGAUCGUAUCGAAGAACUCAUGCAGGCAGGCCACCUCGGCCAGUACGUCCAACGACAGCAAAGUCACCGAGGUGGCUAUGGCGGCUGGGGACGAGGGAGAGGUCGCGGGUCAGGAGCUCGCACAGACCUACCCACAGGGUCCCAGCAACAUGCUAGCGGCGUAGUAUACGCCGAAAUAAGUCAGGAGACAGAAUCAGCUCCCUUGCAGGGAGUAAUCAACACAAUAGCAGGCGGCUUUGCUGGAGGAGGCGCCAGCAGCUCGGCCCGAAAAAGACACCUGCGAAGUAUCAAAUGUGCCCACUCUACCGUUUCAGUCUCACAUCAGAGCUCGCCGCCGAUAUCUUUUUCUGACGAGGACUACGCAAGCGUUAGCCCUAACCAAGAUGAUCCUAUGGUCAUCGUGGUGGAAGUCGCCAACUGGGAGGUUCAAAAGACACUCAUCGACCAAGGAAGUUCGGCCGACGUCUU